UGGCGCUGAGGCAGAGGCGCCUAGGGUUCGUCUUGGGAGCGCAGCGUUCUCCCAGGGCUAGAGUUGGGGUAAGGGUCCUUAACUGUCCAAAAUAAGCCUAUUCUCGUAAGCGAGUGGCUUGGAAAGCAAAGUCUCAGGCGGCAGGUGAGUCCCGGGUGAUCGUAUUCUGUGCUUUGACCCUCCCCUCCGCGCAGCACCCCGCUUCUCUCCUCCCCAACUUUACAAAGUGAGAUGCCUUCCCCUGCCCGCCUGCGCCUCGUGAGCGGGUGAGAGGGAGCCCAGUCCCCCAAGCCCACGAAAGAGAGGAGAUGAUGGCCCAGCCGGUCGCCCCGCUGGCCUGAGAAGGGGGUCUAGGGCUUGGGCUGCAGCGGCUGGACUCAGAGGUGAAGGAAGGCGAGCCCUCCUAGCAGCCAUGGUGGCCCUGGGGCUGGCCCUGAUUUUGCUUCUGAAAUACGUGGUCUCUGGCUCCGGCGAGGCAGAGAAAUUCCAUCCCUUUCGCUGUGACCACCAGGCCUGCAACCCUCCUGUGGGGAACAUUGCCACAGGCAGGACCCCUAUCACAUUCACUACCUGUGGGGAGAGUGGUACGGAGCUGUCCUGCUCCUAUGUGGACCAGCCUCUCCUCCCAUCCAACACCUUGGACUGUGGUCAUCUUCAGUGCACCAAGUGCAAUGCUCAGCAACUUAACAAUUCCCACUCAUCAUCCUCCAUGACGGACGAUGUCUUUACCUCUCCCAACACCUGGUGGCAGUCAGCUUCGGGCAUCUCACGAGAAGAGAUUCGUCUGGACUUUGAGACAGAGUUCUACCUGACUCAUGUCAUAGUGGUCUUCAGAUCUCCCCGGCCAGCAGCUAUGAUCCUGGAGCGUUCCCAGGAUGAUGGACACACCUGGAGGCCCUAUAAAUAUUUUGCCACCAACUGUACAGCCACCUUUGGACUCCAAGAUGACCUCGUUGAAGAAGGCUCUCUUUGUACGUCUAGGUAUUCGGGAGCUAUUCCUUGUACAAGAGGUGAGGUCAUCUAUCGGGCCCUAACUCCAACCAAUCAGGUGGAUGACCCUUAUGGCCCUGAAGCCCAAGAUUUGCUAAAACUCACCAACCUCCGUCUCCUGCUGCUAAAAAGGCAGGAUUGCCCCUGCCAGGGGGCAAGGCUCCCGGAGAAGCCCCAGCGAUUUGCCCACUAUGCCAUCUAUGACCUGAUCGUCCGUGGAAGCUGCUUCUGCAAUGGACACGGGGAGAGGUGUCAGCCAGCUGAUGAGACAGAAAACUCCAGGAGUAUGGUCCACGGGACAUGUGUAUGCAGACAUCACACAGCAGGUCUACACUGUGAGAAGUGUUUGCCACUGUACAAUGACCAGCCAUGGAAGCCAGGAGAUGGAAAAACCAGCCAGCCUAAUGAGUGCAAAAAGUGCCGCUGCCACAAGCAUGCUGAGAGCUGCCACUUUGAUGCGGGCAUCUGGCUGAACUCUGGGAAGCGUACAGGUGGCAUCUGUGACAAUUGCCAGCACCACACAGAAGGCCGUCACUGCCAGAAAUGCAAGCCAGGAUUUUAUCGGGAUUGGAGCAAGCCUAUGUCCUCUCCAGAAGUCUGUAAACCUUGCUCAUGCCAGCCCUUGGGCUCAGCCAAUGAGACAACCCUCCAGGGCUUCCCUUGCCACCCCAAAACAGGAUAUUGUCUCUGCAAGCCUGGAGUGGCGGGCCCGCACUGUGACCGAUGCCUGGUGGGCUACUGGGGCUUCGGAGGAAAUGGUUGCCAUCCUUGUAACUGCUCUGGGGAAUGCAAUCCCCACACGGGGGCCUGCCUGGCUGGAUAUGAGAAGGCGCCUAUCCUCCAUGUCCCUGUAGGGGGGCAGAUCCCUGAUCUUGUCCAGGGACUGGGCAAUGACAGUGAAGGACCCUUGAGAUGGGAUGAUCAAGAGAGAGGGUUUUCUGCUCUGAGGCACCCAGAAAAGUGUGUCUGCAAGGAGAAGACUGUUGGGAAGGUCAGGGAUUUCUGCCAGAUGAAGUAUGCAUAUGUGAUAAAGGCUAAGAUCCUUUCAGCACAUGACAAGGGCACCCAUGCUGAAGUGUGGGUGAAGGUGAAGAAGAUUCUAAAGUCCAGUCAAGUGAAAAUCUUUCGGAGUCACCAAAGCAUUUACCCGGAGUCCUGGACCCACAGGGGGUGCACCUGCCCCAUUCUGAACCCCGGCACAGACUACUUGAUUGCGGGGCAGGAGGACCCCAGAAGCAACAAACUCUUGGUCAACAUGAAUAGCCUGGUGAAGCCUUGGAAGGUAUACCUUGGGAAACAAGUAACAGGCAUCCUCCGCACCGGGUGCAAGUAACCAAGGCAGAGGUCCCAGAGCCUUGCUUUCCUGGCCACAAAGUCUAGUGUGUUCACCACUCUGAGAACCCCAAAGCACCCAGGUGAUCAGUGUGGACGGCUCCUCCUUUCAUAAGCUCAGGACAAAGUUCUUCCUGUAGAGCCCCUGCUGCCCCACAAGUGGUCCUACUCAAAGAAGGUGGGCAGAAUGCCAGUUCUUCUCCCAGAACCUCAUUGGAGAGGGAUUCUACUAUGACAAAAUUUUGGUGACACAAUGGAGACAUUCCAAGGCAAAGGAGAGAGCACUUGGCUUGCUCUCAGAUGUGGUUUCCCAGUCUGGUUCUUGUCAUACUUCAUGUGGCCUUUGGCAAGUCACUUCGCCCUGGAUUCCUUUGUCAGUAAAAGGAUGGAGAUGACACCACUUGCCCAGGAUAGCUCAUAGGGUUGUUUUGGGAGUGAGAUGACCAUGAAGAGAUGCUUUGUAAACUUGGAAGUUCUACACCGAUAGAACUGGCUGCUAUUAUCAUGAAUCUCCAUAGCUGAAAUUUGACCCAGUGUAGAUGCAUGGCACCUUUUGGUAGACUGGAUUUUGUCCAGGGGCAUCUCUCUUUUUCUUGAUGAUGAUGAUGAUGAUGAUGUUACAAAUGGAAAAUAGGAAUCAUUGGAAGUCGUAUUUUGUUGAAUUUUUAUGGUGAUGCAAAGUACAAAGCCCCCUUUCUUGGAAGGACCAUAGUAUAGGAGGGCUGUAUUGAGAACCAGAAGACCUAGGUUCAGAGCUUGGUUCUACUACUUCCUCCUUGUAUGCCCUGGGGUAAGUUCCAUAACCUAUGUGGGCCUUAGUUUCCUCAUCGAUAAAUUAGUGAGGAGGUUGGUCCAGACAGCCUCUGAGAUCCUGUGGGACAUAGUCCUAAUAGUAUCAUGUAUUUGGCUUUGAUUCUGCUAACCCUUGUGCCAGCUCUUGCCACUGACUUGCUGUAUGACCUUGCACCAGAGUAGGGUUGUUUCCUUGUCUCUACAGCGGGCAUGAUACCUGUUACCAACUUCUCAAGUCAGAUUAUGGAUGCCGAAUUGCUUCUUCGAGCUGUAAACGAGUGAGAGAUGGUUCUUUAAAUAAUGAAAAGCAGGGCAUGACGUUUUGAUCAUACCAUUCAAAACAAAGAGGAGAGGCUUCCCCAUUGAUUGGUAGUCACUACCUUCCUCUCUGACCUUCUCCCCAAUGUACAGCCUCAGCCUCAGUCCUGCUGGCUUCAAAUUUUGGAAGAGGACCAGGGGUUCAUCAUCAGGAUUUAUGACUGCACAAAAAGCUGUUUCUUUCAAUUAAAUUAUCGAACGGCAGAAAAACACCAUCAGGCCCAGCCCCUUAUCUCUACAAGUUCUGGUGAAAUAAUGUGGGGCAAUACUGAAAGCCAAUUCCUGGUUGUUAGUAGAUUCCUAACUUUCUAUGAGCCCUCUUUCAAUGUCUGCUUCCCUCUAAGUAGUCCCAUAGUCCUUCCUUGCAGGCCUUGACAUAAACUCCUUAAAGAGCACCAAAGAAUCAUGAGAUUUAGAGCUGCAUUAUCUAGGUUGGCUAUUGCCCUACCUUUGCAGACGGAUAAACUGAAUGCCUGGCAGGAAACAACUUGCCUAAGGUCAUAGCUGGCAAGUAUGGGCUGGGCUACCCUAGUCCAACCAUCUUCCUGUUUUGCAAAUGGAGAAACUGAGGAAAAGGGGAAACAAUUUGCCCAAGGUCACACGGCUUAUAAGUUAGAUGGCCACUGAAAUUCUUUCCAACUUUAAAAUUCUAUAGUUCUAUGAAAUGAUAGAGCUGGGAUUUGAAAUCAGGUUGUCCUGACAUUAAAUGUACUUUCCCUACCACAACAGUGAGGAAUUAGUUAUGGAAUGAGCUGGAAGGAACUUAAGAUGCCAUCUACACUUGAUGCUUUCUUUUGUAGAGAAGGAGGUACUUUGUUCAAGGUUACAUAGUGAAUUCGCAAUUUAUCCAUCAUGGAAUGCCAAGGCCAGCAAGGUAUUAAAUAGACCUGUCAUUGUGCCUUUUUCCACAGACUGAUCAUUGAAAUCCUUAAAAAUGUCAUUCCAACUCCAGAGAAAUCUGAUCUGGGUAAUAGGAAUCUUUCUGCCUCUUAGAUUUUCCAGCCACUAUUUAAAAAAUUAAUAGGAUUUUAGACAUUAAAGAAUUAGAUAAAGAGGAUGAAAAGAUUAGAGCUGAAAGGGGCCUUAAAGGUCAUCUAAUCAUAUCUCAUUAUAACUGAGAAUCCUGAAGCCAGAGUUUAAAGGACUAGAUUGGAGUCUCUCAGUGAGUUAGCGACUGACUUGGGACUGGAGCCCAAACCCCUCAAGUCUGAGUGCACAGGCUUUUGUGUGAAUGAUAGCUCUCAUUCAGGCCAUUGUGAUGGAAGUCUAAAUUUUUGGUCCUUCUCCCUGCCUGUGGCUAUGCCUGACACUGGUGUGAUGGUGUGGCUGGCUCUUUUAGUCAUGAAAAAGCAGCUCUGGUGUCUCUAUUACUCUGACCCAAUGGAAAUCCAUCUCUCCAGUCCCAUCCACCAGGCAGAAGUCACUAUCAACAACCUGUCCUGUCUGCUUUGUAAGAAAGCAUCUGGGCAACAUGAAAAAAAAAAUCAACAAAAAACUCAGGAUCAAGCAGCCUUCAUGUCAUGGAUGUUUCAAUUGACUCCUUUUUUCCUACAAUUUUUCUAUUAUAAACCAGAGAAGCCUGUGUUGUAAAACUUUGGUGUGAGACAAACUGGGAAUUGUGGGUUGAUGAACAAAGAACUUUUUAUUUGUUGUAUGCUUGUUGCAAGAUUUUCUCUUUCAUUAGCUACCCCUUUACAUUCAGUCUAUAGAUAUUUCUUCCAAUCCUGACUCCAUACUUAAAAGCCCCCUGUCAGUCCUUUCUUGUCCCCUAGAUGAAGACUUAGGGCAUCAAAUAGUGCUGGCCUACACUGUCACUUUUCUGCAGAGGUGCCAGGGCUGAAGAUGACGUUAUUAACAUCUCUUCUAUCCAGAACACUGUCAAACAUCCUGAAAUAACGUAAUCUCCAAAACAAUCCAAGUAUUUUUUCAUAGGAACUUCUUAAGUCUUUAACCAGACUACUGAGUCUUACUUUACACAGGGGCAGUGUGGAAUGAAGAGCUGGCCCUGGAAUCAGGAAGCCCUGAGUUUGGAUUUUGACUCCAACAGUUCUUAGCCCUGUGACCCUGGGGAAGCUCAAGAAUCUCACUGAACCCCAUUAUUCUUGUUUAUAAAACAGAAAUACUAAGAUCUGUAACAUUUACCUCAUAGAGCAGUGAGGUUGAAAUGAUGUAGCAUAUAUAAUAAAUAAAGUGGUUUGCAAACUUUGGA